AUGCGCGCUUUCGUGGUACUCGCCUGUGUGGCGCUAGCCUAUGGCCGCCCAGAGCCUCCAGUGGGCUACAGCUAUUCAGCCCCUACUAGAUAUUCUACACCAUCUGGCAGCUAUGGCGCUCCAUCCCUAGGAGGCAUCUCAGGUGGACAUUCUGGUUCGGUUUCUAGUGGAAUAUCAUUUGGCGGACAAUCGGGACUAUCUUCAGGCGGAUUCUCCUCUGGACUUUCCCUUGGCGGUGGCAGCAUCGGUGGUGGAUUUGGAUUAGGCGGUGACUCCGGAUUUGGCGGUGAUGCCGGAUUUGGCGGUGGAUACGCAGGCGGUUAUUCUGGUGCACCUUUAGUCCAGAAGCAUAUCUACGUCCACGUGCCUCCUCCAGAACCCGUUGAGCAGAGGAUUCCACGUAUCCCAGCUGUUGCGCCUCCUCAGAAGCACUACAAGAUCAUCUUCAUCAAGGCCCCGACUCCCCCCACCCCAGUGGCACCCAUCAUCCCCGUCCAACCUCAAAACGAAGAGAAGACCCUCGUCUAUGUUUUGGUUAAGAAGCCCGAGCCGCAGCCCGACAUCGUUAUCCCUACCCCAGCCUCCACGCCCCCUUCGAAACCAGAAGUUUACUUCAUCAAAUACCAGACCCAGAGGGAAGGUGGAGCUGUUGGCGGUGGUGCUAUUGGAGGUGGUGCCCUGGGCGGUGGUGCCCUUGGCGGCGGUUCUAUCGGAGGUGGAUCUAUUGGCGGCGGUGACCUUAGCGCUAUCUCUCUUGGCGGUGGAUCCGGAAUCGGUGGCGGAAUCGAAGGCGGCGCUGGCAUUGGUGGUGGUUCCGGUCAUGGUGCUGACAUCGGUGCUAGUUUCGGAGCCAGCGGUGGUGACGACAGUGGGUCCGACGGUCACGGUGGUGCUACUAGCACUCAGUACGGUCCCCCCGGCCACGUUGCUGGACCUCUCCACUAA